AUAAUCACUAUUUUACUCUAAAAGAGUCUGAAAAUGCUCAAAAAGAUCAAAAAAAUACCUCGCACAAUUUAUUUGAGGGAUUUUUGCAUAAUUUUUAAAAAUUUUCCGAUAAUCGAUUAUCGGCUUCAAAAUAUCGAUAUAUAUCGACGGCGGCAAAUAUCGAUAUAUAUCGAUAAAUAUCGAUAAUAUCCCACCACUAAAGUCUACAGACGUCUGAGACGUCUCGUCUACGUCCACACUUCCACAGUCUACACCCAUCGACACUCGAGGCACCCUGUGUUAUGGCAGCACUGAUGCGCGAUAGAUCACUACGCAACCUGAUGUCGAAUGUAAAUUGUGAUGUGAUUGAUAUAUCCUCUCUGAUUCUCUCCCACCCCACAAAACGUCUUGCUAGCUUCACUGCCUUCAGCAGUUCAGCUUCCUCUUCAGCAUUCGUCACCUUAGAGUGAGUUAGCUUAGCUUCGCUCUUCGUUACUUAAUUAAAUCGUCAAAUCGUGAGAUGAUCGUGAAUAUUUCAGAUUAAGAAUUCAUUUCUGUGUAUUAUUUUAGAAUUAAUUUAUUAUUCGUAAACUUUUGUACUCAUCAUGAGCAAGAGAAACACUAAAAACAGCGUCGUCAAGCAUGUGCGCGAUGAGUAUAAAUUUCAGCACACCCGUACGGAAACUCGUGUCUACACCGAUAACAACAACCGCCGUCAUACCUAUGAAAAAAAGCAAAUUAGAACGACCACUCGAGAAAGCUCAUUUAGCUCGCCUCGUUAUGCGAUUACAAACGGAAGUUGGAGUUCUGGCUCUCGUGCUGUGAGCAACUAUUCGGCCAAUUCGGGUCGUCGCGGUCGAGCGACGUAUACUCGAACCUCGAAAUAUACCUACAAAGGUCCGUAUAAUGAGCGAUAUACGCAUUCGAAUCGUAACUUCCAUUCGUCGAUUCAAAAAUCAUCGUACAAUCCGCCUCAGCAAGUGGCCAGAAGAGGACAUUACAACAAUAACGAUUACGAUUCCGAUACAAAUUCCUAUAAAUUCAAUUCCGAUACCAAUUCCCAUAAAUCCGAUUCCGAUACCAAUUCCCAUAAAUCCAAUUCGGAUACAAAUUCCAAUAAAUCCGAUUCGGAUACAAAUUCCAAUAAAUCCGAUUCGGAUACAAAUUCCAAUAAAUCCGAUUCGGAUACAAAUUCCAAUAAAUCCGAUUCGGAUACAAAUUCCAAUAAAUCCGAUUCGGAUACAAAUUCCAAUGAAUCCGAUUCGGAUACAAAUUCCAAUAAAUCUGAUUCGGAUACAAAUUCCAAUAAAUCCGAUUCGGAUACAAAUUCCUAUAAAUCUGAUUCGGAUACAAAUUCCUAUUCCGAUACCAAUAAUUGCUAUUCCGAUACCAAUUCCUAUUACGAUACCAAUUCCUAUUACGAUUCCUAUUCAGAUUCCGAUUAGUUGUUUCAAAAUCAACGUGGAUUGAUCAGCUGCUGAGUUGCAAACAAAGCUGAUCGUUUAUUGUUUUUUCAUUCAUUGUUUUAUUUUUAUGUUAUUCCUUUCUUUUUUCGACGACGAUUCCUUGUGAUGUCGGACUUUGAUAUCUAAUUAGUUUUAUGUUGAAUCAAUUUUUCUCCUCGAUUAAGUACCUCAAUUCACGUUUGUUCGUUUAAUUUAGUUUAAGUUAACGUUUAUACUCGAUAGAGAUAUUGUUUUUUUCGAUUUGAUAACUCUAAGUAUUCUACUUUUGUAUUCAUUUUUUAUAUGUGUUAAUAUAGUUAACUUUUCAGUUCAUGAAAUGAA